GAUAGUGUGCGUAACUGGGAGGGGUGAUUCUCCCUGGCUCUCGUCCUCAAACUGGUACAUGAUAGGGUACAUAUCUCUGUGUGCAUCGUGUGUAUAUCGUGUCAGUGACCUUGAAAUAAGGGUUAUUCGUGUAAAAUAUCAAAAUAUUAAACGAACAAAAUAUGUAAAAUUCGGACACUGCUGGGUUCGCAAUUUUUAAUUAAAAACAAUUCUGACAAGUCUUACACGGUCAUGUUUCUUCGACUUUGAACGAAGUGCAGAUACUUGUCAUUUACUGUAUCAUUUGUAUACAUAAUUCUCUUCCUCUUGUUUAAAACUCGAUGUAUGAGACAGAUUCUGUAUAUUUUAAAAGUUGACAGGUAAUAUUAAUAAUACAAUGGACGACAGAACAGAGAGAAAAAGACUGAAUUACAAGGAUAAACUUGUAUUAGCGCCUAUGGUGCGAAUUGGUACGCUUCCUAUGCGUCUCCUUGCGCUCGAUUACGGUGCGGAUAUCGUAUACACCGAGGAACUGAUAGACAGGAAAUUAUUACGAUCAUUUCGUCGUGUAAACGAUGUUUUGGGAACGGUCGAUUACAUAGACAAAACAGAUGGCAUGGUAACUUUUCGAACCUGUCCCAAAGAAAGGGACAGAGUAGUUUUGCAAAUCGGUACAUGCGAUGCGGAAAGAGCAUUGACCGUUGCUAAGAUGGUGGAGCAGGAUGUUGCUGGAAUCGAUGUAAAUAUGGGCUGCCCUAAACAGUUUUCCUUGGUAGGGAAAAUGGGUGCAGCUCUUUUAAAAGAACCAGAAACAGCUGCUCACAUUUUGAGAACCCUGGUGAACAACCUCAGCAUUUCAGUAACUUGUAAAAUUCGUGUAUUGCCAGAUUUGGAUAAGACUAUAGAAUUCUGCCAGCUUAUGCAAUCGACCGGUAUAUCGGCGAUCGCGAUCCAUGGUCGAACCGUUGACGAGAGACCGCAACACAUGAAUCGCAACGAAGUUCUGAAGGAAAUCUCUAAAAGAUUAUCCAUACCUGUUAUAGCAAAUGGAGGUUCCAAAGAGAUACAGAAAUAUUCUGAUAUUAUCAAAUUUAAGGAAAUAACAGGGUGCAGUAGCGUGAUGCUCGCACGUGCAGCUGAGUGGAACUGUUCGAUAUUUAAAAAGGAAGGUUUACUCCCCAUGGAAGAUGUAAUAAAAUCAUAUUUGAAAUAUGCAGUGGAUUGCGAUAAUCCACCUUCCAAUACUAAGUAUUGUGUACAGAAUAUUCUCAGAGAUCAGCAAGAAUCAGCGCUAGGAAAGAAGUUCCUUAAUUCUCAAACUUUAGAACAGAUAUGCGAUUGUUGGGAUUUAAGUGAGUAUUGUCGUUUAAAGAGAAGUGAGUUCGAGAAGAAUGGAUUUCUGGGGAGAUCUCAAGUCUCGCCUAUGAGAGAUGACGAGGAACACACUCAGUCCAACAAAAGAAAGCUCUCGGAAGAGGAAGAUGUAAUUUUAAUGCAUUGCGCGUUCUUGAGGAAUAAUUACGUAACGGAUCUUGAAUUACCGAAAACAAUUUUGCAUAAGUGGAUGCAAACUCAAAGAAAAAAGAUGCCAAGCUAUAAUACGCAACAGAAAGGAAAGCUUUUCCGAUCCAUUGUUACCGUCGAUGGAAGAAAAUAUGGAUCAUCUUUCUGGGAGAAGAAUAAGAAAUGGGCAGAGCAGGGUGCCGCGUUAGUUUGCCUAUUUUCUUUAGACCUAGUUAACAAAAAGUCUUUCAUUGCAAACGGCAAUGCUCCUUCUUGAUACUGGAUUAUUGAAGAUUAAUCAUAAGAACGUUGUAUGAAUAAAUGUUUCCUAUUGAUUUGACGAGAGUUCAACGUACAUAUUUUUAUUAGCUUUGUUAAAAAUAAAAAUGGUUUUGUUACGAA